AUGGAGACCGAGGGAGCCGCCCAGCCCCCCGCCCGCCCCACGGCCCAGGAGGGCGGCGACGUGGGGCGCCCCACGGCUGCCCCCCAGGGAGAGGGGCAUGCUGGGAGCGAGGCCGAAGCAGCAAAGGAUGCUGGGAGCGAGGCCCAGGGAGCAAAGGAUGCUGGGAGCGAGGCCCAGGCCCAGGAAGCAAAGGAUGCUGGGAGCGAGGCCUUGGGAGCAGAGGAUGCUGGGAGCAACGCCCAAGCUGAGGCAGCAGAGGAUGCUGGGAGCGAGGCCCAGGACGCAGAGGAUGCUGGGAGUGAGGUCAAGACCAGGGCCCCAGAGGAUGCUGGGAGUGAGGCCCAGGACACAGAGGAUGCUGGGAGUGAGGCCCAGGACACAGAGGAUGCUGGGAGUGAGGCCCAGGAUGCAAAGGAUGCUGGGAGUGAGGCCCAGGCCAAGGGAGCAGAGGAUGCUGGGAGCAAGGCCCAGGACGCAAAGGAUGCUGGGAGUGAGGCCAAGACCAGUGCCGCAGAGGAUGCUGGGAAUGGGGCCCAGUCUGAGGCCAAGGGAGCAGAGGCUGCUGGGAGCGAGGCCGCGGCCGCAGGGGCUGCUGGGAGCGAGGCAGCAGCAAUGGAGGCCGCCAGCGCCGCGGGGCCUGGGCCGGCGCCCGAGCCCCCCGGGGAGCGGCAGGCCCGGCCGGUGCCCACGUGGCGGCAGGACGAGGACGACGAGGACGAGCUGUGGCCCGAGUUCCCCCCCGCCAGCCCCACGUCUCCCGUGACCCCCACGAGCCCCACGGCGCCCGCGGCCCCCACCCGCGGCAGCGCCGCGCGCUCGGGGGGCAGCCAGAGCAGGGCGGCCGUGGGGCGGGCGCCCGCACGCGGCCCGGCCAGGGGGCGCAGCGCCAUCUUGGAGAUGUUCGGAGGGGCGGCGCAGGGGCCGGGGCCGCGCGUGGGCCGCGCCGCCUCCGCCAAGGCCCUGCUGCUGGAGUGGUGCCGCGCCCGGACCCGCCGCUACGAGCACGUGGACAUCCAGAACUUCUCGUCGAGCUGGGCGUCGGGGCUGGCCUUCUGCGCGCUCGUGCACAGCUUCUUCCCCGACGCCUUCGAGUACGGCGCGCUGGCGCCGCGCGAGCGCCGCCACAACCUGGCGCUGGCCUUCGCCACCGCCGAGGAGCGCGCCGGCUGCGCCCCGCUGCUCGACGUGGACGACCUGCUGCGCCUGCGCGUGCCCGACGCCAAGUGCGUCUACACGUACGUGCAGGAGCUCUACCGCAGCCUCGUGGCCAAGGGGCUCGUGCGCACCAAGCCGCGCUGAGCCCGGCCCCACAAGUAAAGCGCGGCCCUGACUCUGGCACUCGUGGGGCUUUACUGGGGGCGGCGCUCGGCGUGGCGCCGCG